CUGUCAUUGGCCUCGAGAAGGCAAAAGCUGGGGGACAGGAUGUCCGAAGCGUUGGCCUUUCCCACAGGUGUUUGAGACCAACUGUGCCCUGCACUGCCAGGUGGGGUCCAGCAGUGAGCAGGCCCAUCCGGACACUCCAGAAGCUCCCAGUCCAGUGGGAAAAUGACAGCCCAGCCAGCAGGGCUAGAAAUAUAACUGCCUGCUGGGAGAGGGGCCUUCCAAACUGCUGGCGACGGGGAGGUAGCUGGCAGGACUUGAGCUGGCUUAAGGACCUUCUCCCAGAAGCGGUGACGUCUCAGCUGAGCCCUGAAGGAUGUUGGCUCUCUGAGCUCCUCCUCAUCGCCCCCUCCACCCGCCAGACUUCAGCUCUGACUCCAGACCUGCCUGCUGCCUUGGGAGGCCCUGCCUCCCUUCCCCCUGGGCAAGAUGCCCAUCCUCAAGCAGCUGGUGUCCAGCUCCAUGCACUCCAAGCGCCGCUCCCGUGUGGACCUCACGGCUGAGAUGAUCAGCGCCCCGCUGGGCGACUUCCGCCACACCAUGCACGUGGGCCGGGCAGGGGACGCCUUCGGAGACACCUCGUUCCUCAACAACAAGGCUGGCGAGCCGGACGGUGAGUCCCUGGAUGAACAGGCAUCCUCCUCUUCGUCAAAACGCAGCCUCCUGUCCCGGAAGUUUCGGGGCAGCAAGCGGUCACAGUCGGUGACCAGGGGGGACCGGGAGCAGAGGGACAUGCUAGGCUCGCUGCGGGACUCGGCCCUGUUUGUCAAGAACGCCAUGUCCCUGCCCCAGCUGAACGAGAAGGAGGCCGCCGAAAAGGGCUCCAGCAAGCUGCCCAAGAGCCUGUCGUCCAGCCCUGUGAAGAAGGGGAAUGGCGGGGAGGGUGACCAGGAGGCGGCCUGUGUGGAGGGGGUGCCUCGGCGGAACGGGGCCACUGGCCCUCACUCCCCCGACCUCCUUCUGGAGGAAAAGGCCUUCGGGGACCUGACAGACCUGCCCGUCGUGCCCAAGGCCAGCUUCGGGCUGAAGCAUGCGGAGUCCAUCAUGUCCUUCCACAUUGACCUGGGGCCCUCCAUGCUGGGCGACGUCCUGAGCAUCAUGGACAAGGAAGAGUGGGAACCAGAGGAGGAGGGUGGCGGCUACCACAGCGACGAUGACCUGGGCAGUCUUCUCAAGGCUCCCACUUCUGUGUCAGGGGUCCCUCUCCGAGCCAGGCAGGAAGGCAGAGCUGGCCAGGACUCACCCCCGCUGUCCCAGGCUCCGCAGGACGAGGGGUGGGCGGCAGCAGCCCCCAGCCCGGGCUCAGCCCGCAGCGUGGGCAGCCACACCACACGGGACAGCAGCUCCCUGUCCAGCUGCACCUCCAGCGUCCUGGAAGAGCGCAGCCCUGCUUUCCGGGGGCCAGACAGGGCCCGGGCCACCCUGUCCAGGCAGCCCGACAAGGAGUUUUCCUUCAUGGAUGAGGAAGAGGAGGAUGAGAUCAGAGUGUGAGGCCGGAGGAGGUGGGGUUCCACAUUCUUGGCUUCAUCUCCCUGCCCCCAGCCCACCACCACCUUCCGCUUCCUGUUCAGGGGCAGCCAAGAGCCUGGCUUCUGCCACAGACCCUGGACCUCAUGGAUGAGGGGCGUUGGCCGCGCCUGGGGCCCCGUGGAGGACUUGAGGAGCGUGCCUGGGUGCCGCCUGGGUGCCUGACUUUGUGGCACACCCUGGCCUCCCUGGGCUCUGUAGGACUGCACUGUGUUCUUGCAGCAGGGAUCAGUUUCCUUUUCUCCACUUGGGCCUCAAACGGAUGCCGGAUGUCAACCUGAGUUCCCGCCCCGCCCCCACAGCAAUGCAGGUCAGCUCCGGGGCGGUCUCGGCGCCAGGGCUGGGGACGCUGGCUCUCCUCUUCUCUCCUGGAGUUUCUGCUGUGACCUGGCAGCGACUUCCCGGGUAAAUGUGUGUCACGGGUGGAACGGGGUGGACACGUGCCUCGGCCCCUCCCUCCCCUGCCUGAUCCGUGCACCGGAAGCCUGGAGCCCCUUGGACUAAAACCGGAGCGAACGUGAACACUAAACGCAGCCCCUUCCAGGGGAAAAGAACGGGGUGGGGAGUGGGAGGGAGGCCCCUGCAGGAUGAUGACACGGGACUGGGCCGUAGGCGGCGCUCAGCCCCAGGGGGUUCGUUUGUUCUUCCUUGUCAUGUGUACGUCUUUCUAGAACAGUGUCAGGAACAGGGUUAGCAGGCCUGCCACCAGAGGCAACAUCUGGGAGACACCUCUAUACUCAGUGCUUCCCAGCUUUCAUUCAGAAUUGCAUGGAGUGGGCAUCUGUGGGUGUGGACUCCCCCCCCCUCAUAGCUGUUAACCGCUGACAGCAUCCAGUAUAGAGUAUUUCUGGAAAAUGACUUUUUUAAAGUAAUAUAUCUUUCCUGUGGGGGAUAGAAGCUUUUUUUUUUUUUUUUGGACUGAGUUAUUCCCUCCUUCCCUGCCCCCCCCCCCCACUACUUCUCCUUCCUUUCCCAGGCCUCCCUUCCAGCUCGGCCCACUCCCUGACUUCUGAGGCGAGGGCCAGAGGGUCUAGGGACAUGGUUGCCAGAUUUAGCAACAAAACAAACCGGAAUGUUGAGUUAAUGAGAAUUUCAGGUAUACAAAGGAUAAUUUUCCAGUAUAAGUGUGCCCUUUUGCCGUACGUGGACCAUAACUGACAUUAAAAAAUUAUUUGUUGUUCUCAAAUUCAAAUAUCACUGUGUGCCCUAUAACCCUGCCCACAGGGAUGGAGCGGGAGCUUGGGUGUGAGCCCCAGAGUGAACUGGCGAUUGUUGUUCUGUCCUGGGAACCGGCUGACCCACCUCCGCCUGUCCCCUGGCAGCCAGUGGGGGAGGGGCUGACGACGCAGGACCCCGCCAGGCGUGGCUGCCCCCCCCCCCCCGGGCAGCCUCCCACCAGAUCCUGACUCAGACACGAAGUUCUUCCUCAUUUCAGUGCAGGCACCACAUGGGUGCUUGGUUUCAGGGGUGCAGCCCCAUGCCGACCUCCACACCCAUGCAGCCGGUGGCCAGUUCCAGAUUCUGAGCUGUAUAGCUGUAUAUUUUUUCCAUGAUAUUGUUAAAAGAGCAAGGCAACAGUAAAAAAAAAAAAAAAAAAAAAAA